AUGCCAACCGGACAGGUCGUUACCACUCUGAGCGUGGAUCAGGGAUUUUUCCCGCCUGGCGUGAUGCCAUUCCACGAGCCCGCAGCCCGACUCCAUCUAUCACAGACCUUCUUCAUGCCUCGCAUCAAGGCACCGCUUCUCCACCAGAUCCCCAUCUGGCCCAUCAUUGUUGGCCUCGUCUGUGGCCUCAUCCUGUUCGCGUUGCUUGUCAUCUUGCUCUAUCGCCUCGGCUUCUUCCGCCGGCGACGCCCGGCCCAGCUGCGGGCCGAGCUCACUCGCAACGGGGCUCGUGGGCAAUCGGAUCGUCCGCAGUCGGACCAGGGCCUGUUGGACGCGAACGCGUCGGUGGCCUCGGCACCGGACGGCGGUCGGGACUCCAAUUCACUGGGUCAACUUGCCGCCGUCGGCGAAUCCGGUUCGGCCGGUCGUGGCAGCGCCAGAGGCGAUGAGGCCGGUGCAGGUCGCAGAAUUACCCACGCCGGAUUCGGUGGCCGGUCCGACCCGAAGGAGGUGCUGCGCGAACGGAAGCGAAAGCGCCGCAGAGAGAUGCACAUCGUGCACCCUGGAGAAGCGCCUGGUACCACCGUGCAGGCGAGCAAUGCCACCGCCUCUGCAAGGCCGCACUCUUAUUCGGUUGAGCAACAUCUGCUUUCAGAGGGUCGAGGUUCGCCGACUAGCCUAUAG